GCCUGACGAGGCUCCAGGGCCCGAGCAAUCUCGCCCUCGCUCGACCAGGAAGAGGAGGAGGGGGAGUUGCUGGCCCGGCGCGUCUCCUGCAUCUCUGCGCUGCGCCGCGCUUCUCUACUUCUCUUCUGCAUGCACACCGUUGUCGUCGUCGCCAUCCGGCCAUCGGAGCUUACACCGCAGCUGAUGGAAUUAGAAAUCUGCCGAAGUCAACCGUUGCCUGUGCCCGUGACAGGGAACCUUGUGUGAGGGAGUUCGGAGCACAGGACUGGAACAGAUAUUUGAUCUACUUCAUCUUUAGUCGUCAACAUGGUGAAAGCUCAGAAGAUCCUGGAGGCACAGUUGCAAUGUGCUAAUGUGGAAGAGAGCUCAGUGUUGCAAACUUCGAAGUCCCUCGAGGGAACAAAAUUACUGUACAUAUUGGUCCAAGAUGACCCCGGGUCUGGGGUAAAUGAAGGGGAGCAAGGCCCAUCUCAUCGUUACACGCGGCCAUUGUUAACCAGCACGCUUCAGCUUAUGGGUUGCAAGCCUCGACAUGCCAUCAAGAUUAGCAACCGUGUUUUCGAAGUCAUCCGAAGCGAGAUGCCUCCAAAGCAACCCAAGAGGGAUAGAUUCCUAGGUCUCGCACCUUUGGCGGAUAUCGACAAAAAAGAUUCUAAAGAACAUGAUUCGAAUGGGUUCAAAGUGAAUCCUAAACCACUUAAGAAGCGGUCGACUGUGACCGUGAGCAGGGAGAAAUUCCUAAAUGUGGUGUGCGAGGGAUUGUCACAGUAUCAGUAUUUGGGUCCCAAGCAGCGGACAGAUCUCAUGGUUGCUUGUCGGAUUCGAGAAAGAAAGACUUCAGUGACUGUUUUACUAUGUGGGACGAGUGGUUGCGGGAAGUCUACACUGGCUUCUUUACUUGGACACCGUCUUGGGGUCACGACGGUGGUAUCCACUGAUUCUGUUCGACACAUGAUGCGUGGAUUUGUUAGUGAGGAGGAGAACCCACUGCUUUGGUCUUCUACCUACCAUGCUGGAGAAUUUCUGGACCCAGAGGCUGUGUCGGAGGCGAUUCGAAAGAAAAAAGUUCAAAUGCGCACACCAUCAACAGGCUCGUCAACUCCCAUUGACUCUAGCAGUCUCGUAGACCUGGAAUCCAAACUUGCUAUUUGCAACGGAGAUGGUUCGUUCAACAAUGGUAAUGGAUCCAGCAGCAAUGGCAAUGGUAAAGGUUUGCAAGCAGAUGAGUAUCCCAGCUUGAGGCCCUCUGGGAGUGGGAAGCUAGAGAAUGGUGAGUGCUUGGUGAGUGCUAAGGUGAUGGCAGUGCAAGGUUUCAAGGCUCAAAGCGAGAUGGUGAUGGACAGUCUGGAUAGACUCAUUACAGGCUGGGAGAAGAGAAGGGAGUCCGUUGUUGUUGAGGGCGUUCAUUUAAGUUUGAAUUUUGUGAUGGGACUGAUGAAGAAGCAUCCAUCGAUCAUACCGUUCAUGAUAUACAUCGCUAACGAAAGCAAGCACAUGGAGAGGUUUGCAGUUCGUGCAAAGUACAUGACACUGGAUCCGUCCAAGAACAAGUAUGUUAAGUAUAUUCGAAAUAUCAGGACCAUUCAAGACUAUUUGUGUAAGCGUGCUGAUAAGCAUCUUGUGCCCAAGAUUAACAAUACCAAUGUCGAUAAGAGUGUGGCUGCCAUUCAUGCUACAGUUUUCAACUGCUUGCGGCGAAUGGGGGAUGGGGAGGGGCUGCUUGACCUGAAUACAAAUACUGUUAAAGUCGUUCACCAAGAGUAUACUAAACAGUACACCGCAUCAGCUUUAGGUUCUAAGAGUAUGUUCCAAUUAAUCCAACGCAAAGGAUCUUCCCGAAAUCUAUUGGCCAUCAUGAAUGAUGAUGGUUCAAUAGAUAAAGCAUGGCCAGUGGAGAGUGCAAAGAAGUCAGAGGCGAGUGUUGUUGAGCAUAAAACGUUUGGUACUACACUCUACGGACCACUGUCCGUUGGUUCUGCUGAACCUGUUCGUUUGCAAUUUGGUAACCUUGGUUUGAGUGCGUGGCAAAGUGAUAAUGGGACCUCUAGUGAAGUCACCAUCUCAGGAGCUAAUCCUCACGCGGGCGAGGGCGAUCCCAGAAAUGGUGAUCUUCGUUCUGCAGCAGCUAGCUCAUCUGGUAUCGGCCCAGAUAAAGAGCUCAAGGAAGAAAUAGAGGUUAAUGGAAGUGAUGAAGAGCUGGAGGAAGAGGACGAAGCUGCUGAAAGAGAAGGGGAGACGAGUGGGUCUGAACUGGAGCGUGUUGAACAGGAUGAAAUGGAAGGGUCUGUAGAUGAUGGAAGUGGCCGGUCCGAAGGUGAAGAUGAUAUCGUUGCCAGGGAAGAGGACGACGCAUACUGGGAGGUUGAGGAUUCAAGUCCCGUGCCUAGGUCUUCGCCUCCAAUUAUUUUGAAAGACAAAAAAGCGCACAUGCUACGAUUGCGAUCCUUUGAUAAAGUAGCUGCUGCUCGUGGUGCUCCCGUGUUGCGAAGAGCCAACUCGCACAACGUGCGGUCCAGCUCUAAAAAGCAUUCGCCUAAAAGAUAUUCCCCGAAAAGACAUUCACCGAAAUCUAUAAUUCAGGCAGCCAUCGCCUCCGCAUCUCCAUAAUUGUGUAACCCUGCUGUGGUCUUUUCUUCAAGUGGAGUCGUCUUCCAGCUCAUCCAACUUAUUGCUGUAGGAAGUGUCUAAGUUUUGACGAGGAAUUGGCAUUCAAAUUGUAGCAACAAUUGUACAUAAAAUCUUCGCCUUAGCA